GAUCUGAGUCCUUGGAUAACAGAGUCUCCAUCUUCCUCCUUCACCUUGCUCUGUUCUUUUCUUUCUAAAGUUACUCUAGUACUUGGUGCAUUUGCUCCCCAAGUAGCCAUGUCUCGGCAAUCAAGCGUAUCAUUCCAGAGUGGGGGCCGCCGUGGCUUCAGUGCCUCUUCAGCAGUCACUCCCUCUGUCAGUCGAACCAGCUUCAGCUCUGUCUCUGUAUCCCGGGCAGGAGGUGGUGGUGGCGGUGGCUAUGGCCGCAUGAGUGUCUGUGGUGCCGGAGGGGGAGCCGGCUUUGGCAGCAGGAGCCUUUACAACCUUGGAAUGACCAAGAGGAUCUCCAUGGGAGGCGGUGGUGGCUUCAGGAGUGGCUACGGAGGGAGAGUAGGAGGGGGAACUGGCUUUGGUGGAGUAGCCGGUAGGGAAUAUUUCUUCGGCGGUGGGUCUGGUGGUGGCUACGGGACCGGUGCUGGAGCUGGCUUCGGUGGUGGAGCUGGCUUCGGUGGAGGCUAUGGGGGACCUGGGUUCCCUGUCUGCCCCCCUGGUGGCAUCCAAGAGGUCACUGUCAACCAGAGCCUCCUGGCUCCCCUCAACCUCCAAAUUGACCCCACCAUUCAGCGGGUGAAGACUGAAGAGAGGGAGCAGAUCAAGACCCUCAACAACAAGUUUGCUUCCUUCAUCGACAAGGUGCGAUUCCUUGAGCAGCAGAAUAAGGUGUUGGACACAAAAUGGACGCUGCUCCAGGAGCAGGGUCAUAAGACCGUGAAGCAGAACUUGGAACCACUUUUUGAAACCUACAUCAACAAUCUCAGGAGGCAGCUAGACAGUAUUCUUAAUGAGAGGGGUCGCCUGGAUUCUGAGCUGAGGAACAUGCAGGACACUGUGGAAGAUUUCAAGAACAAGUAUGAAGAUGAAAUCAACAAGCGUACUACAGUUGAGAAUGAAUUUGUGAUACUUAAGAAGGAUGUGGAUGGUGCCUACAUGAACAAGGUGGAACUGGAAGCCAAGGUGGACAGCCUCAGUGAUGAAGUCAACUUCCUGAGAGCCCUCUAUGACAUGGAACUCUCUCAGAUGCAGGUUCAUGUCUCUGACACCAAUGUUGUCCUGUCUAUGGACAAUAACCGUAGCCUUGACCUGAACAGUAUCAUUGCUGAGGUCAAAGCUCAGUAUGAAGACAUUGCCAACCGCAGCCGAACAGAAGCUGAGUCCUGGUACCAGACUAAGUAUGAGGAGCUGCAGCAGACAGCAGGCCGCCAUGGAGAUGACCUCCGCAAUACCAAGCAUGAGAUCUCUGAGAUGAACAGGAUGAUUCAGAGGCUGAGAGCCGAGAUUGACAACGUCAAGAAGCAGUGUGCCAAUCUUCAGGCCUCCAUUGCUGAUGCUGAGCAGCGUGGGGAGCUGGCCCUCAAGGAUGCCCGAGCCAAGUUGGCUGAGCUGGAGGAUGCCCUGCAGAAGGCCAAACAGGACAUGGCCCGGCAGCUGAGAGAGUACCAGGAGCUGAUGAACGUCAAGCUGUCCCUGGACAUUGAGAUCGCCACCUACAGGAAGCUGCUGGAAGGAGAGGAGUGCAGGCUGAGUGGAGAGGGUGUUGGACCAGUCAACAUCUCUGUGGUCACAUCCAGCGUGUCCGGCGGCUACGGCAGCGGCGGAGGCUUCGGAAGCGGCGGAGGCUUCGGAAGCGGCGGAGGCUUCGGAACCUCCGGUGGCUACGGCAGCGGCGUGGGCGGAGGGCUCGGAGGCGGAAGCGGCUACUCCUACACCAGCAGCAGCGGCGGCGGCUCCGGCGGUCUCACCGCGGGGGGCUCUGGCUUCAGCUCUGGCAGUGGCCGCGGCCUAGGGGUUAGCCUGGGCGGCGGUGGGGGCAGCAGCUCCAGCGUUAAGUUCGUGUCCACCACUUCCUCCAGCCGGAAGAGCUUCAAGAGCUAAAUCUUCUCCCAGCAAGUGUCUUUCACUUGAAUAUCAGCUCUCCCUUUCCCUUGGCCACUGGCAGUCCCGUCCUUGUUAACUUGGAUGGCAGCCAAGCCGCUCUUUGCUUUCUUGUCUCCGCCUCUUCCUUUCCUCCCCAUUUCACUGGUGUUUAGUCUAGACCAGACUAAGGGGGUGAUUUGUAUUCAUGAGCCUUCCAGGUCACCUCCAGCACUUAGCACCCUCAUCUCUCGUUCUUAACUCCCAGCCUGGCCAGAGGCUAUCAGAAAAUGCUUUCCAAUGAUCCUCUGGGGCCUUGUAAGUAAUCUCUCUCCUUUCCACGACUCCACUCAUUCCAGCCCUUCACCUCACUCACUUAAGCACUUAGCCCAAAGCUAUGACCACAUCCUCCUGACUACCUGGCCAGAGAAGAGAGGAGGAUGGUCCAAUUGGGUAUGUUUGCUUAGGAAUCCCUUCAAUUGAGGUAGAUAAGGACCCAAAACAACUGAAGGAAGGCUUUGGUUCAGUCUCCCUUGGGCGGUGGCAAUCCCCAAGUCUCUUGCUAGGGACCUCUAGGGCAAUCUUGUGAUUUCAGAAAGAGUGGUUCAGCCCAAGCUCUAUCUAUCGGAAAGGUGUCUGGCCUCAUCCCGGUGAAAGGGUGGUAUUUAGCCAUUUGUCAUGUGAGCAAUUCUGGUUUCUUCUGGGAGACAGACAGCCUUUCAUUCCUCGGGAGGUGGCAUUUGGUUGUACUGGAAGCAAAAGUCGCUCAGUGAAUGUCAACAGAACUCCACUUCCCCCCAUUGUUUGUUCUUGAUUCUGACCACUUUUUGGUGUUUGUUCAAUAAAGUACAUUUAUAAUUUAAGUAUCUGUGCAGACUUUCC